UUCCCUUUUCCAGUUGCCCUGGCAGCCACUCUGGACCUCUCCCUUCUUCCUUCUCGCUGUGCACUCUCCGCCUCUCACUGCCGCUCAUUCCGACAAGUAGAGCUCACUGUCGCUCAGUGGCUCAGUCCAGCAGCAACUCUUCGUCUCUCUCAGUCACUCACUCUGAUAACUCUUCGACAAAUAGAAACGCCAGGUCCACACAAAUUCCCAGUUCGAUUCCUCCUUCCUGGGUCCUACUUCCUUAUCCUUCUAAGCUCAUCAAAUCGUCACUCAGAGUGCCACCCAACACACACACACACACUCCCUCACUGGUGAUCUAAAGACAAAAUAUAGAGUGAGAGAGGAAGAAAAGGAAGACAGGGAGAAGAAGACGGAGAGGAAGAAGGAGAAGAAACCUCACUCAAAAACCUAUUAAUAAGCCAAGCAAUGGAUAUGCAACAAUCACAAGUAUCGGAUCAUUUUGCUAAGUUACCAUUGGAGGAUACAAAUGGAGACAUUAGAGCUGGGUGGUAACUUCUAAACAUUAUCCAUGAAGCUCUAUGAUGGAUUUAUGGAGAUAUUGAAGAUUCAGAAGUUCCGGAGAUUGGUGUCUUACGCUGGGUUCUACAGCUUUGUUGCAGUUCUGAGUUAUGCUUACACUGGCAAUACAACAAGGGCUGGUUAUUCCAGGGCUGAUCAAUUUUAUGCAUCUUAUCCCGCUGGAACUGAGCUUUUAACAGAUACCACUAAGUUAUACAAAGCAGCCCUGGGAAAUUGCUUUGAAGCUGAGGAGUGGGGUCCAAUUGAGUUCUGCAUAAUGGCAAAACACUUUGAGCGUCAAGGAAAUUCAGCAUACGCGUACCAUGCACAAUACACGGCACACCUCCUCUCCCUUGGGCAACUUGAUGGAAGUGGCUAGCUGGUGAGGUAGAUGUCUUGAUGACACAUGAAGAAGUUACUAGCUAGCAAGUAAAUGCAAUAGAGAAUGAGGUUCGAUUGCUUGAUAUGAGUUUUAUGCUUGAAAUGCUAGAACUUUAUAUUUUAACAAUAAAAACGAAAGAAAACACAAUGCUGUAAAUGCUGCAUGUCUUAUUUUCCUUGUUUGCUUAGCAAAUAUGUGGUUUAGUUUCCACUUCCGAAUAAUAUCUGUUGGCUCGAUAUAUUUUCAUCAUAUCAAUGCCUAAAGAUCGUUUGCCUUGGAGUGGUUAAAUGUAUCUGUUUGGCUCAAUAUUUUUGAGAUCAUAUAAA